UCCUGUCCUUCGCUCCACUUUCUUUUUGCUUCUCCACUGCGAUUCAAUCCUCGAAACCCUAAUUUCUUUUUUGCAAUUCCUUUUUCUGAGCGAUUCUUUUCCGAAACCCUAAAAAGCCAACUGAACCCAAAUCUAGAAAAGACUCUCAUACCUCUUCUCCUUGGCUUCCACGAUUUUCUUUACGCUUUGUUUUCUCCGUUGCGAUUCAGUUUCAAAACCCUAAAAAGGCUCUUUUGCGAUUUCUUUUCUGAGCGAUUCUUUUUCGAAACCCUAGAAAACCAAUUCCGAUCGAAAAGAUGCAGCAGUCCAACGAAGAAUACGUCAAGUUUCUUGGAGAAGGCGCUUACGGUUACGUUAACCUAGUCCGCUACACUAAUCCCGACGACGGCUCUUCGUUUCUCUCCGCCGUCAAGAACUCUUACGACGCAGACUACGACAGUCUCCGAAGAGAGUUAGAGAUUCUUCUCAAACUCAGGGGAUGUCCCAGGAUCAUUACGUGUCUUGGAGACUCUCUUCAACAAGGUCUAAGCAAUCACGGUAACAAAGUCCACAGACUGCAACUCGAGUACGCCUCUGAAGGUAGCUUAAACGCUUUCUUGGAUCGUUACCCCGACAGAAAGUUGCCGGAGCCAUUGAUUAAAGAUUUCACGCGGAUGAUUCUUGAAGGUUUGGUCUCGAUUCACGGACAUGGUUAUGUUCAUUGUGACCUCAAACCAGACAAUUUACUUGUCUUCCCUUCUUCUUCUUUGAGACAAGAUUCAACAUCGUACGAGAUCAAGAUUUCUGAUUUUGGCAACUCGUUGGAGGUCGGAGAGGUUCCUCUGUUCUGGGAAACUGAUUAUCCGUGGGUGGGGACUCCCAUCUACAUGCCGCCUGAGUCUGUCCGUGAUGGCGUGGCCAACAAGUCUCUUGAUUUGUGGUCGUUGGGGUGUUUGGUGCGGGAGAUGUACACGGGUGUGUUUCCUUGGCAAGGCAUUGAACUAGAUGAUAUCGCUACUCUUCUCAUCUGUGGUGAAGCUCCAUAUAUACCAGAGUGUUUGCCUUCCGAUGCUAAGGCCUUUAUCGAAACGUGCUUCUCUAGUGACCCUGAGGACAGAGGAAGCGCUUAUGAGUUGUUGUCUCAUCAGUUUUUGCCUCGUCCUGAAGUUGAAGAAGAGGUGAAAAAUACGGUGGACAAGACAAGAAGCUCGUUUCUAUUGAAGCUGUUGAAGUUGAGAGUCAGACGAACAAGUUUCAAGAAGAAACCAACUAAGGACGCUCUUGCUGUUGCAGAUAAGAAGCCUCUGAAGUUGAGGUUUUUUCCGACAAAGGCCCAACAGUUUAAGAGAACUCUUAACAGAGUCUUAAGGUUGAAGACUAUGCCUUUGAAGCAAUCGACUGGCUACAAUUUAGUUUCUGUUCAUUAG